AUCUGUUUCGCUCGAUGAAUCGAUCGAUCGGUUUCCUCUUCCUCGUUCUUUAGUUGCUUCCUUCCAAAGAUCCAACAUAGUCCUUUACUCUCUGAAACGCCAAAGCAAUGGAAUCCAAGCAGCCUCCGCCCAGCGCUCCGCUCUAUCCCCAAGUCGUCGAAUCCAAUCCCGAAAUGCAUUCCCCCUUCCUCGUCUCCUCCUCCUCCUCUUCCCGGCCCUCUCUAUACCCCUCCAUCCAUUCCGCCCCCUCUCCCAAUAGCCCCGCCACCGGUGCCGCCACCAACUCCUCUUCCUUGUAUCCUUCCGUCGACAUGAGCGAUCUCGUCGAGAACCUCUUCCUCGAUGCUGGGGAGGAUGAUGCGGAGGCCAAAAACCCCAGCCUGCCGCCUCCUGUUGAGGAGACCCUGCUCCGCAUCCCCGGUGCCAUCCUCCACCUCAUCGACCGACAUCGCAGCGUCGAGCUCGGCGCCGGAGACUUCUCCCUCGUACGCCUCCGCCAGGGCGACAACACCGUCGCCGUUCUCGCCCGAGUCGGCGACGGCCUCGUCCAGUGGCCCCUCGCCCGUGACGAGGCCGCCGUCAAGCUCGACCAUUCCCACUAUUUCUUCUCUCUCCACGUUCCCCGCACCUCUCACGACGAUGGCGAUCACGAUGACGACGGCAACAACCUCCUCAAUUACGGCCUCACCUUCGCCUCCAAGGGGCAGGAGGGUCUCCUCGGGGAACUGGAUAGGCUUCUCCAGGCUUUCAGCAGCUUUUCGGUCCAGAAGGUCGAGGUGAAAGGCAAGGAUCACGGCGAGGUGCUGGACGGAUCUGUGGCGAGGGAGGUGACUCCGGCCGAGGGAAUGGGGCCGAAGAAGAAGAUGAUGGAGGAGGAGUCGGCUGCAUACUGGACAACCCUCGCGCCUAACGUGGAAGAUUAUGGCAGUUCGGUGGCGAAAUUGAUCGCCAAGGGUUCCGGCCAGCUCAUCAAAGGGAUCUUGUGGUGCGGGGAUGUGACGGUGGAUCGGCUCAAGUGGGGGGAGGAUCUGCUGAAGAAGAGAUUGGAACCCAGUUCGAACCCGACGGAGAUCAGCAAGGAUGCCCUGAAGCGGAUGAAAAGGGUAAAGAGGGUCACAAAAAUGUCAGAGAAAGUAGCAAACGGAGUUCUAUCUGGAGUUGUGAAGGUUUCUGGGUUUUUCACUAGCUCUGUUGUAAAUUCAAAAGUAGGCAAGAAGUUCUUUGGUCUUCUGCCUGGGGAGUUAGUCCUUGCUUCUCUAGAUGGAUUCGGGAAAAUUUGUGAUGCUGUUGAAGUAGCUGGUAAGAAUGUCCUGCAAACAUCUUCAGUUGUGACUACUGGAGUUGUGUCACACAGGUAUGGUGACCAAGCUGCUGAAAUCACACAUGAGGGCCUCGAUGCUGCAGGGCAUGCUUUCGGAACCGCAUGGGCGGUCUUCAAAAUCCGGAAGGCGCUUAACCCUAAGAGUGCCAUGAAACCAUCGGCUCUGGCAAAGGCAGCUGCAAAUGAUCUGAGAGCAAAGAAGGGGAAAUAGUGAAGAAUAAGGUGUGGUAAAAGUUCUGCCACUCGUAGAUUUCAGCUUUCUUGGCUAUGCUUUUAAUUUGGACACCUCCAGCCAUCAAAGGCAGUUGAGGACUGGUCUUGUUUUGUUUUGAUGAUGAUCAAAUGUUCUAAAAUUGCAUUUGUUUUUUUUAUAUGAGCGCCGCUAUGGCUGCAUUACCAGAUGUGUAAUAGUAACUAUAUCG